AAACUAGUUGAUAUUUAGUAUAUCUUGAUAAACUAGAUGUUCUUGCAGAAAUGAAUGACAUGAGAGAUGACAAUGGGGGCUCCAAACCCUAUCAGUAAGGGACAUUUUAUUUUGUAAUCUUCCUUUAAGACAGGUUUUUGUUUUGGUGUAAGUAAAUCUCUACAUUUUAUUUACGUUCAAUUUUUCAUACAAUAAAGUCUAGAAAUGUUAAAAUAACCAGUGAAAAACAGUCAAUUAAUAUACGUAGAAUAAUAUAAGCGCCACUUCAUGUCUUGUUUUAACCGGCAAGAAGGUUACCAAGGACACAGUCUCACAUUCCCAGGGACCUGAGGACAUGACCUCUGUAGCUGCAAAACGGAACAUGAGGAACUAACGGAGGGAGUUAAUUAAGUGAAAAAUGAGAAACUGUCAUUGUGUAGUCAGCUGUUAUAUGAAAGGCAUGUGUAGCAUGUGUAGCAGUUCAUCCAAAUAGACAUUAACGUAGUUAACAAGAGUUCAUGGUAGUUGAAACAGCUCACUAAAGAAUUAAAGGGAUGAACUUUUGAAAUGUGAAGCUAUGCGCCAUCUAGAUAGAAGUAAUGGACAUAUGUGGAAAUAGCCAGUGAUGACAGUUUACCAAUCGGUGUGCACCAGUCACAAGUCCUAACCUCAGUUCAAUAAACCAUCCUAUUGGUUUUUGUUAACUAAUUUCACCUGUAUAUUGAAGGUUUUCACUUUGAUAUCCAAAUGGCUUAACAAAAGAGAGCAGAAAAAAUAAUCUGCAACCCCUAUAUUGUGAAAGAAUUGCCCAGUUGAACUGUCCGUCUAGUAUUAUUUUUUAUUUUAUUACAAAAGGAUUGAUAGUUACAUCAUGCAAACUUCCUCUUUCAUGAAGGUUACCUUCCACUCCCUUUUUCUACCUGCUUUGAAUGCCGGGAAACAGCCAAUAUGCCAUUAAUCGAAAGUGAAAGUGUUGGAUGAUGUUUAAAGGGUGGAGAGAGAGGAGUGGCAGACGGAGGAUAGAAGGACAAAGCUCUCAUUAGUAUCAGACCGUACACACCGUGGAAACAUUCAACGCAGCUAUAUCUCUCAAUCAACAGUUUCAUCUUCCAUGAGCAGCGUUCUGGUUGAAGUGUCGCUUUGCACCUAGAGUUAGAUACAUGUAACACAACUCUGAAACGGGGGGUCUUGUCCCCUUCGAAGAUGCUUCGCCUUCGAGAACAGGACGCUCUCAUCCCUCGUCCUAGAGGGACUCUGCCCAAGGCGUGUGCUGUGGUGCUGACGGCCACGGCGAUAGGAGGCAACGUGUUCCUGUCUCCUGAAAAGUUCUUUGGAUGGGUCGCCAUGGUAAUCCUCAUCCUGACACUCGGCCCUCUGCUGCACGGGAUCUGCCUGAUGGCAGAGGAGGUGCUAAACCAUUCUAAUACGAGGUACAGAGGCCAGAGGCUGCUGAGUCGCGUGCUGCCAGCCUGUGGGCUUGGGGGGGGGACUCUGCUGGCUGCGGCGCUGGCAGGCCUCCUGCUCUACGUGGCGGGACAGCCCUUGUCAAACAAGGGCCAAUGCUGGAAACUCCUCAUCCUGACCUCAGUGCUUUACGCUCUUUUCAAAAGCCUGGGAGUCCUGGGUCCGUCGGAGGUGGAGGUAUCGGACUUGUGCGAGGGGAGAAAGAUGAACGUGGCCCACGGCCUGGCCUGGUCCUUCUACCUGGGCUACCUGCGACUGGUGCUGCCACGUUUGGAGGACUCGAUCACAGCAUUUUGCCACGACACCCACGAGGCCCCCUGGGGUCGUGGCUCCAGGAAGCUCCUCAUCCUCAUACCUCUCAACGCCAACAUUUCUCACAAGCUGGAGGACGAGGACGACAACAUCCAUUUCCACGGCAACCUGCCCAACAACAAUAUAGACGUGGCGGGCGUCAGGAGGCGGGUCUACAAGCACAGCGUCUACAGAGUAUUGGACGAGAAUGGGAAGGUCCCUAAGUGUGUGGUGGAGUAUGCAACGCCUCUUCUGACGCUGCACAGCAUGUCCCAAGAGAGCAACGCUGGUUUCGGGGAGCCUGAGCGCCGACAGCAGGUCCUGCUCUUCUACAGAACUCUGCAGGAAAUACUGGAGCGCUCGCUGGAGUGUCGCAACCGCUACCGACUCAUUCUGCUAAAUGAUGAGCAGGAGGACGAGCCCCACCUCCUGUCCAAAGCCAUCCUCACACACCUGCAGCAGCAGGAGAAAGAAGAGUUCUGCCUCGCCCCGCCUCCUACGCAGGAGACCGUGCACCCCCCCAGAAGGGAAUCGGGUCAUGCCGAGUGCUCCGCCAGGUUACCGUUACCCCCCAUGAGUGGUAACUAUUACCACUCUGAUCCAAUGAGCAGGGAGCCUACGCUCAUGUUCAGCCUGGAGCAACCGCAGCCUCUGAGGGAACCUGUUGAGAACACCGACCUCUUUCAAGGAAACAUGACAUUUCCACUGCGCAAGUGAUUCAUCUUCAGUCUAUUAUCUCUUUCUGUGUGUGUGUGUGUGUGAAUUCAUAGAGGUUUGAUAAAUGCAAAUAUUUGCUGAGACGAAUAAUCAUAUACUGUAUAACAUAUACAAUCGUCUAUGUAUCUAGAAAUGGCUGAGUGUGUAGAUGAAUGUGGAUCAGGUCCCGGUAUUGAGAUUCAAUUAGUGUGUGUGUUGAAGCAUCCGGAAAACCCUGAAGCUUUUGUUUGGUAGACAAUGUCGUCUUGAAGGAUGAGCAGCUUUGAAUAUGGAUGGAUGGAUGAAGAGUUUGUUAUCCUAAAUCUAGAAACCUCCAGUUAUUAUGUCCAAUAUUGGUCCAUUCAAUAGUUUCAAGGUUGUGUCAGCAAUUAGCUAAGCACGACGAGUCUUUCAAAUGGAUGGGGAGAGAAGAAUGGUGAAAAUGUUGUAUGCAUAGUAUUUCAAUUCAAUGUAACAAUAUUGUAAGAAAUAUUUCCACACGGUAAUGAAUGAGUCAAAGCUGUAAAAGCACAAAUAUAUUUAAGACAGAGAGAUAAUGGAGAAAGAGAAACAUCUACGAGUGGGUUUUAUGAUUGUGUGAAGAGUUAGAAGAAGCCUGACAACACAACUGCUUAUCUGCGUCUCCUAUGAGCGCACACUCAUACACACACGCCUCCUGACAGCAGCACUGCAGCUGAAACUGCAAUGUUAGCUUUGGGGAGCACUAGCGUAGUAGUUGGCUCUUUGUCUUGUUGGAAUACUGUUUAGAAAAUGACUUCAAAUAUAUGUUGAGAUGAUAAGGUCAAUAAAUAUGUCAACGACAUAUGAGUAAUUUCUCAUUCAGAAACAACAAAAAACAAACAACCCUGUUUGUGAGAUGCGCUCUCUCCAUUUUGUGUCACCUUCCAGCAGACUAGUGUAAUAUCAUCACAUGUAAUCAUGUGUGAUAUGAGCACGUUUUGUUCCGUGGCAGCGAGUGGAACAUUUUGCAGGUUGGGGCAUCCGAUUCAUUUCCCAAAACAUCCAAGAAUGAUUUUAUGCGAGACAAUUAAAUGUUCAGUAAAUACAUUACUACACUGCAGUUAAAUAUGUAACAUGUAUUCCAACACAAAAAAGCAGUAAAUAACACUUUGACAGUCUUAUUUUUGUCACCCUCACAGCUAAUUCAGUACGGAAGCUUUGCAUGGCUUCUCUUUCACCGCCAGUCAGCUGUCUCAUUGUGAACUCUGGUUGAUCUUCAGCUCUUUUACCGGGAGUUUUUUCGCCAAAGUUCGGCUCUCAAAUGGCUCUUGGGGGUGAGAUGUUACUGAGGUGGGUUUGUUCUUUUGCUUGCACUCGCCCCCUGACGAGGACACGCGAGCUACGGGCUAAACCACUUCGGCCCGUAGCUGAAUCCCAUUGAGGAUGCCGAUUGGCUGGAUUUUAUGUCACACAUUUCCAUCUUUAAGCAGCAGUUGGCCAAACGGCUUCACAGACCCACCUCCUGGGGGCCAUUCCCCUGUGGUCCCAGCACUGCUGACACAUGCAGACAUAUAUCUUAGAAAUAUUACUACGUAGGUUCCAUAUUUUUAAAUACAUAAAUCUUGAUCUUUUGUUUAAAUUAGCAUUAUCAUUAUAGUUGUAUCUUAGGCAGCAGCAGCAUCAAAUCUGUUAGUAGUAACCAGACCAAUUCAGUAAAUAAUUUCACUCAUAA